AUGGCGAACCCACAUCCCAUCAAAGCCAUACCGGAGGAGCAAGACUUCCACCCGCAUGAUUCUCUGAAGUCCGGUAUAAAAGGCGCGAUUCUCGGCGGAUCUGCCGGUUUCAUUACUGCCGCCGUACAGAACUCUCUGGCCAAGACGAACAUAGGAGCUUGGUCGGUUCUCACUCGUGGUGGUGGUACCAUAGCUAUGUUCACUGCCGUUACCUCCGUAUAUACUUUCUCCAAAGACGCAACCGCCAACCUAAGAGAGAAGGAUGACACCUGGAACACAACGGUCGCCUCAUUCCUAGGCGGAGCCACAAUCGGUCUCAGAACCGGUCGAGUACCGCAAAUUCUCGGCUUCGGCGCUGGCUUCGCGGCCAUCAUGUCGGCUUUCGAGUACACAGGUGGCAGUUUGCGCGGCCGAGCCCGCACCGAGAACCCGGAGAUGGACGAGUACGAGUACAAGGAGUCUCAGCGCAAGACGCGACGACGGCCUGUUGAAGAGACCCUGGUUCAUAUUGGAGAGGGCAGAGGUACUAAGACUUUCAUUACUACCCGCACCACCUCUUCCGACAACAUGAUUUCCACUCGUGUCGUCUCCUGCAUCAAGCCCGAAGGCUACGAAGAGCGCCGAAGAGAGCGAUUAAAGGAGAAGUACGGCGUCGAGAUCAACCCUGUACGGGCGGACGGACUGUAA